UUCGUAUACCAUGAAUAGGGAGUCCUGCUAGUCUUUAUACCAUGCUUGGGUAGCAUAUUAUUCUGCGAUUACACCGUUUCCUAGCCCCCUCCUUUGCAAACUCUUCCUAUGAGAUGCAAAAUUGAAGUGCUCGUUUAAGCUGCAGCUAUAACACUGGAGAGGCAGCAGAAGAAUAGCUGGCUGUGUCUCUGUGAAUGGAUAUCUGUGACAAGCCCGUCUCCAAUCACUGUGUAACCAGAUAGUCUUCACGGCUGUAAUUCAGGAGUCUGCUGCUGCUGCUGCUGCUACUGCAUUGAAGAAACUGCAAGCAUCUUUUUCUUCUCGAGGACACAGAAGACUAUGGUGUUACCUGUCCACCUAUCUUUCCUGGAAAACAAUGGGACUGAAAUGCGAAUGACCUGUGAAGAGAAACGUCAGUGCCUUAUGCAGUACUGAGCCAGUGCAGUGAUGCUUUUUAACAAUGAGAUCUCACCUCUGAACAGUUGCUCUCCCCCUCUGUUAUUGUGCAUUAUUUGCAGAUAGCUAUUCACUGACAUUCCUGGGCGUGUGUUUUCUGUCUGGAGAUCGGAUAUAUGCUGCGAGGACACCUGUGUGGAGAGGAGGUGGUACAUCAGAUGAUGGAUGUGCUGAGCUGAUUGCAGACCGGCAGCUUUGCUUGAUCAGGCAGAAUACUCUGCAGCCCGUGCUAUCUUUGCAAGCUGCUCACUCAGGGGACCCAUGAGCAGAGGAGCCACCCUCCAGCGCAGGACCACCUACCACAUCUCUUUGACCCUAGUCAAACUAGAGGCUGUGGGAGAGGAAAAAAAGGGAGAAAGCACUGAGGUUUUCCGGAAACAUGACACCCCUUCUCUUGGCAGUACUCCUGGACUGGCCCAUUGCCUUUCACUGGAUAGGGAAUUUCCAGAUGUCUGGGCUUGGGGAGGGCCCACUUCUGGUUCCGGGGUGAGUGGUGGAAAAGGAAAGUCCAUCAAUGAAGCAAGUGCACCAGCGAUUCACAAUAGUGCAGGGUCAAUUCUUGGAUCAAAGGUGAUCCAGGAUAGUAACAGUGUACCUCUACCAGUUUCCGCCAAAACCAAUCAGUCUAGAUUUGAAACAACAGCCCCAGAUGAAGAGCCUACAGCACCUAUCAGUACAACCCUGCUACCUGGGGCGAGGGACACUGGAAAAUCCAGCUCUUCAGCACUGGCACCAGAUACCACAUGCACAAGCAUUGCUACUUCUUCAAUAGUGGGAUCAGAAGACACCAGGACAUGUACAAAUGGAACUACAGAUCAGCCAGCGGGAUCUUCUGAGACAUCUAGAACUGAAGGCCCUUUGUUACCAGCAGGAGACAGAUUCAAAGUUACCUCCAUAUCAACUGCAGAAAAGGGGUCAUCCCCAACUUUAGCUCAGACAGUGGGAGUGACUGGAAAAUCAAGUCCUGCAUCCCCAAAACAGGGAGGGGAUCGUAAUGUGGCACCCAGUACUCCAUUACCAGAACCACCUUUGAAGGAUGCACCUUUGAAGGAUGCAGAAGCAGCAAAUACUGCAACCCAGAGUCAGGAAAUUAGGAGCUCUGAAACACCCAGCAAUGCAGCUUCAGUACAAGGAGAAAAACACACAAGUACAUCCAGCACUGGAGGCUCCUCACUCCAGAACACAAAAAGUUCAGGUUCCUCAGUGCCAACAACAGGAAUGAAGGCAACUAGAACAACUAGUGCCCCAAUACCAUUUAGCCAAAGGGAUUUUCCUUUUGGUGGAGUGCGGGUAAUUAGAGGAUCCCUCAUUAGGCGGCCAGCGUUGGAUACUGAAGUUUCCAGGGAUUUAAUAUGCAGCCCUGUUAUCCCAGUACCUGGGUCCAAAAUUACAGAAGGUGUUAGUCCUCAAGCACCAGUGACUGAAUCUAGAAUCUCCCGACGAAGUUUAAAGGCAAUAAAGGUACCAGCUGUAUCCUCUGAUUCACCAACACACACAAGUUCGGCACCAAUUUCUGGAGAGAAGCCUAGCAAAGCAUUUGAGCAUUCUGACAAACAAUGUAUAGCGCCUUCCAGUGUGCCCCAUGUUACUGUUCCCCCAAUUAGUGCUGCUCGUACUGCAGCAGCCUUGUUUUCUGCAUCUCGGUCUGGAGGAGCCCCAGUGAUUGCCGCCAAACCUAGUGAGGCCAAAAUAAUCGCUGCCAGAAGUGCAGCAAGAGGAGUCAGAGCACCAACCACAGGAGUGUCAUCUGAAGACAAUGCAGGAAACAAAGCAGCACCAACAACAGCCAGUGAGAAAGCAAAGACUGGAGAUACUGGUACAUACCCUGGAGCAAAACCACCUGUCAGUGCAUCCAAAUCUCUGACUUCUGUGACACCACCACUUUCAGCGAUAAAAACCUCAAGCAUGAUCAGCAAGCCUGCAAUGUCAUCUGCUGACACUACGACAGCUUUCACUCCUCGAAUUAAAGCUUCAGCUGGCAUAAAAGUACCAGUUACUGGCAUGGGAACAUAUCCAGGAGCCAGAGCACCAUUUUCUGCUACUACCAAAUCUCCUGGGGCCAAAGCUACAAGUGAUAGGCCAGUUACUUUGAUAGAAAAGAAAACUAUUGACCCCAGUGAGUUAGCAUCCCCCAUUCAUAAGAUGCCAGAACCUUCUCUUUUGCUAUCUCUUUCACCAUGUGCGGAUAUCUCUCUGCCAGGUGAGGAGGACGAAGAGCACAGUGACGAUUUUGGAAAGAGUAAGCGACAUGAAAGACUUUUUCAUAGGCAAGAUGCUAUGUGGAUCAGUACCAGUGUCACCUCAGACUAUUUUCUUCAGAAUUCUCCUAGCCGGCUUAGUGGCAGCCCUCGGCAGAUGUCAAGCCCUACCUUCUUUACUGGGCCACGAUACUCUUUCAGCUCUCCUGCCAGCCCAUUGCUCCCAGUACCUUGCCAGCCAGGAACCCCAUAUCGUGAAGCACCAGUGACUGUUUCCCUUACAGUGAGUCCAGACAAGGCAGGGGAGUCACAGAAGACUGUCUCACAAGUAGAUACCAAGACCAAAGCUCCAUUUUCUUCUAAUUUAAGUGCCACAGGUGUACCUGGACCUCUUGAACAAGGGAAAGUAACUCCUGUUCUUUUAACACCAUCUAAGGAAAAAGGUAGUCGAAUGCUUAAGCUUAGCAAGGCCUCCAAGAGUCAAGUGGAAAAAUCUGAGCACCGUGAAAAAAAUCUGAGCCAGAAAAGUGGCUCCAACCGACUGUCAUGGCCUGAGAAUGAAGGAGGUAAAAGUCGCUCAAAGUCCUCAACUAAGAGCAGCCCUAGAGCUGAGACACCAAAACCAACUGGGGGAGGACGAAGCCUAUUGUCUCCCUCCUCAUGUGAUCCAAAAGGUUUUAGAAAGGGGAAAAGCAGAACUGUUGACAACAGUGACUUAGAUCCACCAGCGGAUGAGUUUAAAAAAGGGCGGGAGGGAACAUCUCCUACUGGAGACAAGACAAGGGCCUCAGCAGCUAGGGACAGAAAAAUGCUAAAGUUCAUCAGUGGUAUCUUCACCAAGGCCUCUGUGGCCUCCUCUGUCUCCCCAAGCGGAUUAAGCCCUGGAGAUGAACGAGAUUUUGCACAAAAAUGUGUAAUGAACAGCCAGGAAUGGACUCUCAGUCGCUCAGUGCCUGAAAUACGAGUGGGAGUUGUGGGUAAUAUUAAAAGUGGAAAAUCUGCUCUUGUUCAUCGGUUUGUUACGGGAUCCUAUCUGGCAUUAGAAGCACCAGAAAGCGAUCAGUUUAAGAAAGAGAUUAGUGUGGAAGGCCAGAACUAUCUCCUGUUGAUCAGAGAAGAAGCAGGGGCGCCAGAUGCCAAGUUUGCUAACUGGGUGGAUGGCGUCAUCUUUGUGUUCAGCCUGGAGAAUGAGGCUAGUUUUCAAGACGUAUUCCAGUACUAUGCUCUCUUGGCCAACUAUCGCAGUGUCACUGACAUCGCUGUGUCUCUGGUGGGGAGUCAAGAUAAAAUUAGUUCCAGCAACCAGAGGGUGAUUGAAGAUGUACGAGCCAGAGGUCUGUGUAAUGACAUGAAGCGAUGUAUGUACUAUGAGACCUGUGCCACCUAUGGGUUAAAUGUGGAUCGAGUGUUCAAUGAAGUUGCCCAGAAGAUCCUAGCACUGAAGAGGCAACAACAGCUACUGUCAUGCAAAUCAUUACCCAGCUCCCCAAGUCACUCCGCAGGUUCCACUCCAUUAUCAGUGCAGACUAGCAAUGGAGGAGCAACAAAUGACUACUCAUCCUCAUUACCUUCUACGCCAAACAUCAGUCACCGAGAGCUGCGCAGUGAGGUGUCUAUCGGUGUCAGCACCCCAGGGUCACUCCACAGAGGAGCUAAGCGUCGCACUAGCCUUUUCCCAAACCGGAGGGGGAGUGACAUGGAAAAGAGGAGUUUUGACAGUCGGGGAGACACCCUUGGUGGUGGUCGGGCUCUGCCAAUCAAACAGAGCUUCCUUAUGAAACGUAGCGGCAACUCGCUGAACAAGGAAUGGAAGAAGAAGUAUGUGACACUGACAAGCAAUGGAAUGUUACUCUACCAUCCCAGCAUUAAUGACUAUUUGCACAGCACUCAUGGGAAGGAGAUGGAUCUUCUGAGAACCACAGUAAAGGUGCCUGGGAAAAGACCUCCAAGAGCUAUUUCUGCCUGUGGUCCAUCUGCCAGUGUCAAUGGCUUACUGAAAGAUGUGAGCAGCCCCUCAUUGAUGGAUACACCAACUAACAAACUCCAAACUGCAAAGAGCUGUUCUACUGGGGAUGUGAUUUCUAGCCCAUCUAGCAACAAAGAGCCACCAUCCUCUCCAAUGAGUGACAAAAAGAAGAACCGGAAAAAGAAGAACAUGACCCCCUCAAAAACAGAGGGUUCGGCAGGGCAGGCAGAUGCCAAGCGCAAAAUGUGGAAAUUAAAAACAUUUGGUAGUUUAAGAAAUAUUUAUAAAACAGAUGAGAACUUUGAAUUCAUCAUUGUGUCUAGUACCGGUCAAACAUGGCAUUUUGAAACCUGCAGUUUUGAGGAAAGAGAUUCUUGGGUACAAGCCAUUGAAAGCCAGAUCCUUGCAAGUCUGCAGUGCUGUGAAAGCAGCAAAAACAAGGCUCGCAUGGACAGCCAAAAUGAAGCUGUAGCCAUCCAAGCUAUCCGGAAUGCAAAAGGGAAUAAUUUCUGUGUAGACUGUGGUGCGCCAAAUCCCACCUGGGCCAGCUUGAAUCUGGGUGCCCUAAUCUGCAUUGAAUGCUCAGGAAUUCACCGGAACCUUGGCACACAUUUGUCCCGUGUCCGUUCUCUGGAUCUGGAUGACUGGCCCUUUGAAUUGACGCUAGUCUUGAACUCUAUCGGCAAUGACGUAGCCAACAGUAUCUGGGAGAUGACAACCCAAGGUCGUACUAAGCCAAGCCCUGAUUCCUCCAGGGAGGAGAGAGAAUCUUGGAUAAGGGCGAAGUAUGAGCAGAGGUUAUUUUUGGCACCACUGAAAAGCCCCGGUAUCCCAUUGGUGAAGCGACUCUUUAGAGCAGUUCAAGAAAAAGACUUAGGCAACGUCUUACUUCUCCUAGCGCACAGCAACAAGGAGCAGAUCAAUGGCCUCACAGGAGACCGGGACCGACGCACAGUGCUCCAUGUGGCCUGUGAGCUGCCCCAUGUGGUGAUCACACAACUGCUUGUCUGGUAUGGCAUCGAUGUUAAGGCCAGGGACAGUAAUGGUCACACUGCGCUCUUCUACGCUAAAAAAGCUGGAAGCCAGGAGUGUGUGGACAUCCUUCUUCAGCAUGGGUGUCCCAAUGAGCCCUCAAGCUCCAUGAGUACCCCUAUCCUCAGAAGGAAAAGUAGCUGUUCCAGCAUUAUAAGAACUGAUUCCCGGACUGCCCUUGUAUAGCCAGCGCCAUCAUUCUUUGGCAUGACAAACGCUGGCAUCAAAACAAUGACUUUGUUGUUAGUUGGAAACUUGUGUGGUUGCUCUUCCCUGCUAAUGUGUAAUUUAUCAUACUGAAAUCCAGGAAAAGCAAGAGUCAAACAAUAUAUACACCGAAGAAACAUUUGGAGUCAUGCCACUAAUGUUAAUGAUAUUUCCCCAUAGUAAAGUUUAUUUUCCCCAUUGUCGCCGUGAUCCAGCAUAGUCGUAUUUACUGCCUUAAUUCUUUCAUUAGUGAAAGAACCAUGAAAUCAAUCAGUCCCUAUCUGUCAAUGUUUACAGCAGGCAAAUGCACCUAAAUAUAUAUGUGAUCCACUUUAGUCUUCUGCAACCACACUCAUUGGCCAUGCUGGUAAUGUCUAGAAACUGGGAACUAUUGCUAGCACUUAGUAUGUAGCUAUAUGGUCAGCCAAUAGGGGCUGGACACAUAAAUUACAUUUGUAACUCCUAAAGGUUUGCACUUUUCUAGAGAAAGAAGUGACAUAGGAAGGUACGUUAUGGCAUAUGUAGAAAAUGAAGUCACACAUUAAGCUCAGAUACAAUAAUAUUUACAUCUUUAGAGGAACUUUUGGAGAACUUUUUAGAAUGUUAAAGUUCUCUCUCGGAGCUGGUCACUGUUACAGUGGGGGUCAUUGUCUUCUCAUGGUAACAUUGCAUACUUACAUGGCUGACGUGUACGUUAUCAUGUUAGAAAUGCCAUAGAUUUCCACAAAAAAAAUAUCAUUUUCAAUUUCAAUGUUUAAUAGGAAAGUUUUUAAUAUUUUGUUACUCUUGAAAAUGUGCAAGUCAGGUUAGUGUAUCAUUGUAGCCUUUGUGACUAUCUGUUGGGUUUCUGUGAGACAAGAGUGAGCUUAGUCAUAGUAAUAUAAAAAUGUGCCAUGCAGUAGUCUACUGUCACCAUGCUCAAGGCAUAGAUACUGCAGAAUCCACUUUUUAAUUUGGGUUAUUAAAUGCACGCUCAUCAUAUUUUUUCCUUAUGUUUUGAUCUAAUACAGAUAUUUAGAGAUAAACGGACUGCUGUUGAUUUGGGUGUGAUUGCACCACAAACUGUGAGCAUAAAAUGCAUUCCCUGAAAUGCCACAUAUGCAUAGUUGCAAGAUGGGCGCAGGACGGCCAAUGCAGCAAAUACGUCCAGUUUAUGUCAGGCCUAUGUCACAGUCACUCUCAUGUUUUUAGUAGAGAUGUACGGGUUUGGAUUUACUCGGUUCUUAACGCCAUAAUUGAUGCAUAUUCAAAUUUAUCCGGAUUUUUCUUAUAAGCUAACCAAGACAUGUGACAUCCAAGAGCCAAUAAGAUGCCGUUUUGAGAUUCGGGAAAAUCUGAGUAAUUUUGGGUAAAUCCGAACCCGCACAUCUCUAGUUUUUAGGCAUGUGUUUUGUUAGAAAAAUACGCAUUUAGUAAUAGCUAGGUAAUAAAACAUCAUAAACUCCUCUAAUACGUCUGAUACAACUCAGGUAGAAACAACCAAUCACAAGCGGUUAUCGUCCUACACAUCAUUAUUGUCAUGUGUUUGCAUCUGACCUCAAGCACACACAAAUGACACAGACUGGGCAGGUGUAUACAGUAUGCGUCUCUUUGCCAGUCUGCAUCUGAGGUAGAGGUAGGGUUUUCCUGCACAGAGAAUCAUGGAAACCACUGUAUUCAAGUGCAAUUAAUCAGGAUCAGUUAAUUCCUCCUCCCAAAGAUUACAUUUAUAUAAUUUUGCUUUUAAUAAAUAAUAAUUAUAGUAAUGUUAUUUGAUAAUCUCAAUAUUUCUAUAUUACUUUAGUAGAUGUGAUUUUGCGAUUUUAAUUGCAUUUAUAUAAGUACAUAACGUUAAUGCCAGUAUGUGCCCCGUAAGUGGCAGGAUGCAUCACAUCGCGGAUGCAAUGCUUAGUACAUCCCCCCAUAGUCAUGACUGAGAAAAUGACACAUAACAGGCUGAAGUAGCAGAUAAAACUUGCUCAUAACAUGCACUAAGGAACAUCAUAACACUAUGCCAAGCAUAUGCGCUCCCUUGUCAGGAUCCCGACCGCUGGGAUUCUGAACAAAUCCUGACCGCAUCCCAUCCAUGGCUAGUCACCAAGCAUGGAGAGCAAUUCAUACUCAUCAGUAUUCUAGCAAUUCAUUAACUGUUAAGAUUGCAAGUCAGCAAUGCAUGACAUUGGGACAUUAUUAUUAUACACUAUUGUAGCAAAACUCAUCAAAAGAAUACAUUACAUACUUUAAGUAAUUGACCAUACAAGCAGUAUAUAUGCCUUGCUGGAUGUGUAUAUUAUAUGGCAGUGACACAGUAUGACAAUAUAAACAUGCUUUCAUUUUAUUGAUAUUUGUGUUCCUAUGAGAAGUGCACCGAUAGCUUUAUCACAGAGCUGGCUAACUAAAUGGGAGCGUAGCACACAGUUGCUGACCAUAUUUUCAAUAUUUUUGCAUAUCCAGUAUGUAUUUUGUGUAUAUAUCUACAUAAACAAUAUUUGUAUGUUACAUGUAUAUAAUGUGGCUUUUAGAUGCUAGCUUAUUUUUCAUAAAGUGUAAGGAAUGUCGGUAAGCUGUGCUGCACUAAGGACCAGUGCUACCUAGCGGUGACCUCUCCAGCUCUCUUACAGCAGUGGUUCUAUUUGCUCUGUUUUUGUUGCAGAUUUGCCUAACAUUUGCACACACCCCUCACUAUCCAGGCACCAGCUCUAUCUCAGUAUCUUCUCGGUUGACCUAUUGUUUAAACUCUGCUGUAUUGAAUUUCUACAGUGAGAUGCUAUCACAUAUUUGAGCACAUUGUACGAAUAUGGUUCCAUCUAGGAAGGAAACCGAUGUUGAAUAUCCCUAUCUAGACAUUCAUGAUCUUUGCAAACAGGGGGCUUUAUUCAGCUUCAGUUGCAAAAUUGCAAAUGCGCAAGUCCCAUUAUCAGAUGACUGCGCUUGUGCUGCAACUGCAUGGCAUGUGCACAAAGGCCAAAAUGCGUUCACAAUGUGAUCACAGGCACAGUAAAGUACGAUCUCAGAGUGACUGCUAGGAAGUGGUUGUAUGUGGGAGGUUACAUGCCGUUUGUGGGGAGUGGUUCAGAAAACGUAGGCAUGCCAUGGCCGUUUUCUGGCUUCUGACGUCAGGUGCAAUCGCUGUGAUUAAAAACAUGGCAGCGCUGCAACUGAAGACGCGUAUUUCGUGCAUAUGCAUGGGUCAAUCGGAAUUGUCGAUGGUACUCGAUUUCUGCGUAUGCAUCGCAAUUAUUCGAAUGCAUUCGCAAAUUUUCAAAUGCAUCGGUGGGCAUCUUUUAACUUUCUGGGCGGCUCUUCACAUGCGUUUUUUAGCAGAAGCAGUUCUGACAAAAACACAAUUUCUGUAUCAAUAGCGAUCCAAGCUGAAUGAGGCCCAGAAUCAAUUUAAGUGAUCACGACUUUACUUUUAUCUGGAACUGAGAACACUUAUAAGCCCUUAUAGUCAUACCUCUUUAGUGCCACCAUACCAAAAUUACAAUGAUAUAAGAAGGAUUAGCAUUCAGUGAAGUGAAUAUAUAUUGUGAAAGCAAACCUCAAGCCUUCAUAAGUUUGGAUGCUUUGCACUUGAAUGUAUGGGGAGAGUGUUUUUUUUUUUUAUGCAAACCAGUUUCUAUGUAAGAAUUUUGAGAAUAUGUAGUUGUUACAAAAAGCUGGCACCCAGAAUCCGAGUAGUGAAUCUUGUUUUGCCGUGCUCCUGAUUAACGGUAUCUUUUGUGAUUUUCUGGGAUAGCUGUAUAAUUUAUUGCUUUAUUAGAACUUCAGUAUAGACUAUUGGUUGGGUGUUUUUACAUUUGUAUGGCAGCUUAACAAUGCAAUCUUUACAAACGUGUAUAUUGUUCUGUACAAGGCAGUGGUAAGUGUUUGAUAGGUGGGGAUGAACAAAUAUUUAAGAACAACAUUAAUAUACUUUUUAGAUCUACCGUUGUAUACCUGGGAUCAGUAGUUUCUUGUUGUAUUUAUCAUUGUUUAUUUUGUUAUGCUACUCUAAAAUGAGCACUGUAUUGAGAAAAGUAUAUCCUGAUCUUUGGAUUGAGCCAGUACAUGAAUAAGCUGCAAUAGGUGCAAAAUAUGGGGUUUCUUAUGGUAUUUAAAUUACUGUUGAUUUUAAAGACAUAUUUAACUUGUAGUUAGAUAAGCGAUAUCAUCCAGGUAGGGCAAUCUUAUUUAUUCACCGGACUUCGUUAAAACAGAAAUUGGGGUUAUACCUUAAACAGAAGGCUCCCUGUGUGUAUAAAAUACAUCCAUGCCUUUGUAAUAGAACAGCAUAGAUUCAAUAGAAUUCCUUCAAGGUAAAAGGAUCUUAACCAUUUUGGCUGGGUCCCCAGAUUAUGUUUGUUAUUCUGGUUUGUGAAUCAUAGUACAGUUAUAAAGAAAUACUGUAUUUACUCUUGUCUGCAAAUUAAAUUUUUAUUUCUUACGAAAUAAAACUUACAUUCCGAUUCAUGAUUACUUUAUUAGGCAGAAAUACACAAUCUUGGCAUUCCAACCUCCGUGGCAGAGUGAGCCACAUUUUACAGCCCAUAGGAAAAGAACCACUGUGUGUCAUCUGUUUGAGAAGAACAAUAGAAAAUAUCAAGUAGCAAAAACAGGACGAUCCAUGAAAACUGAGAUGUAUGGAAGCCACACGUUAAAAUUCGAGGGGUAGAUGUAUCAAACCUUGGAGAAAGAGAAAAAGGAGAGAGAUAAAGUACCAACCAAACCACUUCUGACCGUUUACAGACUGUGCUUGAAAAAUGACAGAAGAUAAUUGGUUGGUACUUUAUCUCUCUCCAAUGUUUAAUACAUGUCCACCCAGUGAGCAAAAGACAAAAACUCUAGCAUGCUGUGGCAAACAAGAAGUGUGACAAUGCCAAUAAAAUGGCACACUCUAUGUCUAAGGUGAUGUGCCUUAUUAUCCUACUGUAUAUUAUGUUCUCUUUUACCACAUUGUUAUAUAAGCAUACUGAUGAUCAGCUUUACUACUUUGGUAUUUUAGAACAGGUUGUGGACGAUCUGUGUGUUAUUAAUAAUUAGCCCAUGUCCACCAUCCAAACAUGAAUUACCUGCCUGCCACCAAAAUGUAAAACAAAAAAAAUGUAAAAAAGAAAAUUAAAAAAAGAAAAAAGUAAAAAAGAAAAAAAAAGAAAAAGAAAAAAAAAAGCCUCUUAUUGGAAGAGUCAGCAUUAUUGUACUUUUAUAUAAGUUUGUUGUUCUGGCUUUUUAACUUUCCAGUUGCACUUGUGACAAUUGUAGGAGCUGUGAUUGUGACUUCUUGAAUUCCAUCUCUCUAUGCUGAACAUGUUAAAUAGAAACCCAAGCUGCCAAUGGAAAAGCCAGCACUGCCCGUUGUCGCUCUCACUAGAAGAAAAUAUUGAUAUCAGAAUCAAUUCCUUGGAUAACAAUAUUAUUUUGCAACAGCUUCAGACAGUUAGGGAACCCAGCAUUACUGAACACCUGACAACACAUAUAUAGCAAUAAAAACACUAUGGGGAUAAUUUUUCAAUCAGAUGAAGUGUGUAAACAUAGUGGAUAUACUGUAUUUCUGCAGCUAUUUGUCCUCAGGGCUGCACAUCAGCGCAUUCCCUAUUCUGCCUUUUGUCUACUUAGGUGAUUUGUGCAAACUUUUGCUUGUGGUUUGUGAUAAAGAUUCAUAUUUCGGGGUCAUUCCAAUUCGAUCGCUCGCUAGCAACUUUUUGCAGCGCUGCAAUCAGGUUAAAACUCGGCAAAACUGUGCAUGCGUAUGCACCACAAUGCACAGGCGCGUCGUAAGGGUACAAAGAGGAUCAGUGCUGGGCGAUGGAUUUAACGAAGAAUCCAUUUGCACAGUCGAUCGCAAGGUGAUUGACAGAAAGAGGGCGUUUAUGGGUGUCAACUGACCGUUUUCUGGGAGUGUCUGGAAAAACGCAGGCGUGUCGAAGCGUUUGCAGGGUGGGUGUCUGACGUCCAUUCUGGGACUAAAAAGACUGGAGAGAUCGCAACGGCUGAGUAAGUCCAGUGCUACUCAGAAACUGCACAAACUGUUUUUGUACCGCUCGGCUGCAAAGGCGUUCGCACACUUGCAAAGCAAAAAUACACUGCCCCAUAGGCGGUGACUAUCUGAUCGCAGCGCUGCAAAAAGUUGCCAGCGAGCGAUCAACUCGGAAUGACCCCCUUCAACAACAGUAUAAAUAUUGUGUGAAUCCAUUUGGAUCAUCCCACUUAAUAAAUGUGAACUGUUUCUUUCUUCAUGCAAAAUGCAACUUUUUGAAGAUUCUGUACGCCUUAAGUAACUAAUUUAAAAAAAACAGCAUUCAGGUUGCUUCAAAUGUCCCAACUAUACAUAUUAUUCAUAUUAUUUAUGUACGUAAUUAUGGAUAUUUAUGGCACCUAGAUAAUGCUAGUAAUGAUAAAUAUCCCACUGAAGUGUCCGCGGUCUAAUAACUUGUCACAAAAAGGCUCCCCAACCAUUUGAAGGUCAUUAGAUAUAUCCUUUAAAUGAGUGGUUCCUAAACUUUUUUGAAUCACGGCGCCCUAGAGAAUCAGAACUUUUUUCACGGCACCCCUUGGUCAAAACUUUCUUAUUGAGAAAUUUAGAAAGAAAUAUCAAAUUAAGUAAAUUGUGUUUAUGUCAUCCUUAGGUUUAAUUGUGUGGUGAAGGACAAGGUUUGCUUUGUAUCAGUACUCAGACCAAGGCACAGUAGUGUAGAUAGCAUGUGUUCUACAGACGAUGUCCAGAUCUGCCGAUUCUUUGCUAGCACAACCCAUCUACAAAAUGUUUGCUAACCUAAUGCAUGUGUCUGUACAUACUAACAUGUGCAACUCUACAAAAGAUGGCCCAUGAUGUCACAAAAGAAGUAACUCCUCUUGCAUUGCCAUUCCCAGGUUUUUUUUGUUUUGUUUUUUGGGGGGGAGCUGGGUGUUGCAGUGAUUACCUGUUACAAGGUAGGAAGCACACAGCAGCUUCUAUAGUUUUCCUGUUCUAACGGUAUACAGUAUAUUAUUUUAUAUUUUUAUCUUACUAGUAUUUUAUUUUGUUUUGUUCAUAUAUAGUUUGCAUUAAUCACCUGUUACAAGAUAUGAAUCACAUGGAGACUACAUAUAUAUAUAUAUAUAUAUAGAGAGAGAGAGAGAGAGAGAGAGAGAGAGAGAGAAACAAAAAUGUAACCUAGAGGGCGCUAGAACAUCAGAAACAAUUGUCCAUAAUAAAUCCAUAUAUAAUUAAGAGUGCAGAUAUCCAAAUGCUUUCAACCAUAUUUCUAUCGGACUUGAUUAAAAUCCCAGCCUCGGGUGGAUAUUUUGGAUUAGAUGCUUGAUUGUGCUCAGCCGGGUAUUUAUCCUAAAAGAUACCCUCUCACCAAAGAAAUGUAGAUGCCCAAAAUAGCCUUUGAUUAGUAAAAUCACGAUGUUUAUUUGUAACAUCCAACAUAAAAUAUAUCAUGUAUAUCAAUUUACACAUUAUAUACAAGGUGUAUUUCUAGGAACAACCAUGUUACAUCGAGACAGGUGUAAAAGUGAGUACCACCAACCACCCCAGGAUGUGAGCUCAGUGGUGGGGACUCCCCAAUGCAAACAGUUUAUCCUAAUCACCUUCUUUAUAAAAUUUUAUAUUAAUAAUUAUAUUUUUAUGUUUACCCCUUUCAUUUCCAGCCAUGUCCAAAAUAAUUUAGAAUUUAUUAACUGUUAACACCAUAGGAUUUUAAACAUGAAUUCCUUACUAUCCUAUUCACAGGUAACCACUGUUGCUUUUUAAUGUUAAUAAAUAUGUCUCUCACAAAGACUCUUUUCAUACAGUAGGGAGCAUAACGCACAGUGCUGGCUGGCAGGAGACUGUAAAAAUAAAGUGUCUGUGUUUUAUUGCCAGGUUUAUUUUGAAAAUAGGAAAUGAUGUAAUAUAAGAUUUAUAAAAUAAAGUGUCAAAUUGUAUAUUGCAA